CUUCUUUCGUGAGCCAUGCGUGUCGUCGUUUUCGGUGCAUCUGGCGUACAAGGCGCACACCAGGUUCCAGUCCUCGCACGCGCUGGCCACGGCGUCGUCGCCGUGAGCCGCAAUCCCAAACCGCUCGAAGUUGAUGGCAAACGAAUCGAGGCCACGGCCGUGGAUUUCACCAACGAGGCCGCAAUUUGCGAUGUUCUUAAAGGGGCCAACAUCAUCUUCCUGAACUUGCCAUCGACGUCGUUCAACCAGUCCGGACCGAUCAUCGCAGCAGCGAAAGCCAUCGGAGAAGCUGCUAAGGAGGCCGGAGUUCGUCUGAUCGUGUUCAACACGAGCAUGCCCGUUCCGGACGCUCCACAGGAUAUCAAAGCGCAAGAUGAUCGGAGAGAGAUGCGGCGUCUACUUCGUGAGACGGGUGUCCCUGUCAUCAGCAUCCAGCCCGUGGUCUACCUAGAUAACCUGCUGGAAGGCUGGGCGCUCCCUCCGAUCCGGGAUCGCGAUACAGUCGUCUACUGCCACAAGCCUGAUCUCCAAGUAUCCUGGAUCUGCCACCACGACGUUGCGCAGCUCAUGAUGGCAGCCAUGCAUCGGCCCGAACUCGCGGGCCGCAAUUUCCCCGUUGGGGGACCGGAGACGGUGCGUUUGGAGCAGUUGGCCGAGAAGCUGUCAAGAGCCUGGGGGAGAAAGCUAGACUACGAGUGUCAAACGGUGCCGGAUUUCUGCGAUAAGAUCAGCAAGACGAUGCAAGGACGAGGACUGGAGACGGACAGAAUCGUCAACCAGAUGUUCAAGGCGUAUACGUAUUACAAUGAAGCGGAAGACGAGCCGUUCAAUAUCGAUAUGGGCCCUGUGUUGAAGGAGCUCCCAGUUCAACUCACUCCAGUUGAGGAGUGGGCAAAGAGGCGGAGUCCGCCCGGCUGGCUUGGUCGAAUAUGCGCUCACCUGCUUCAAAUGACCAUUUAA